UGACCGCGCGCCGCUGGAAGGUCGGAGGCGGCACCGCGUGCAGGGUGCCCGCAGCUGCGGCUCUCGUGGCUGAAGCAUCCCGCGCUGCUCGGGCUGGCCUGAGCUGUUGCUCUUCUGCGCUCGCUUUAGCAGCAGGUGCUCUGAUGGCUGCGGCAGCCUCGAGGGGCGUGAUGAGGGCGGUGCGGGUGUUUGAGUUCGGGGGCCCCGAGGUGCUCAGGCUGCAGGCAGAUGUCCCCGUUCCGGCUCCGAAGGACGGCCAGGUAUUAAUUAAGGUCCAUGCCUGUGGGGUAAACCCUGUCGAGACUUACAUUCGUUCUGGGAGUUACGCUAGAAAGCCGGCUUUACCUUAUACUCCUGGCUCCGAUGUGGCUGGUGUAAUUGAAAGCGUUGGGGAACAUGUGACUGCAUUCAAGAGGGGUGACAGGGUUUUUACCACUGCUACGCUCUCUGGAGGAUAUGCAGAUUAUGCAGUUGCUGAAGCUAAUACAGUCUUUCCUUUGUCGGAUAAAAUGAAUUUCAAACAAGGAGCUGCGAUUGCAAUACCCUACUUCACUGCUUAUCGUGCUCUUUUCCAAAAAGGACAUGCCAAAGCAGGGGAAAGCGUACUAAUUCAUGGUGCAAGUGGAGGUGUGGGAGUAGCAGCGUGUCAGAUUGCCAGAGCUUAUGGCUUAAAGGUUUUGGGUACAGCAGGAACCGAAGAGGGUAUGAACAUUGUUCUGAGAAAUGGUGCUCACCAAGCAUUUAAUCACAGAGAAGCUAAUUAUGUUGACAAAAUUAAGGAAUAUACCAAGAUGCAAGGAGUUAAUAUAAUAAUAGAAAUGCUCUCCAACGUCAAUCUGGCCACUGAUUUACAUCUGCUGUCCCAUGCUGGAAGGGUAAUGGUUGUGGGCUGCAGAGGUCCCAUUGAGAUCAAUCCCAGAGACACCAUGAGUAAAGAAUCUAGCAUAAUAGGAGUCAGUCUGUUUCUUCAAACUGAGGAGGAGAGGUGUGAGUGUGCGAGGGCAGUGCUGGAUGGGAUAGAGGCUGGCUGGCUGGAUCCAGUGGUAGGCGCCGAGUACCCACUGCAGGAAGUAGCCAAGGCCCACACAGACAUCAUCCACAGCAGUGGUGCUCGAGGAAAGAUGGUACUCCUGCCGUAAAGCAUUUCUCCUAUUGUUUUGUAGCUGUUUUAGCUGCACCUUUGCUUACACGAUUCACUGAGUAUGUUUUAUGAAAUGCAUUUUCAAUCAGGUUUCAGAGGAACAGCAAGUGCUAGCUUACAUUAAUUAAUUACAUUGAUUCAUUAGCAAUGGCUUGCUUUUGUAACAAGCGAGGUUGGGCAGAGUUUAUGGUAAUUUUUGUAACUUGUUUUGGCUGAUGUGGAAAUAAUAACUUUACUGAUUUAACAUUGUGAUGGAAAA